AUGUUAUACUCUCUACUUGCUCUUGGCCUUGGUACGGCCCUGACUGAGGCUGCCGUUGUGCGGACUUCUGGCUGCCAGUUACACUUUACAGCUUCAGGAGCCAUUUCUGGUCCUGUUGGCGAGAUCUCGUCAGGCCAGGUGCGAGCUGGCAGCGGUGUGAGCUCGACAAGUUUCACCCUGCAGGGAAGUCAGCUCUUCGAUGACAAGGGCCGCGGCUGUUGGUGGACUCCGCCUGCCCAUGUGCUCCAGUGCGACAAGAACCAGAACCCAGACAAUGGAUUCAAGGUUGGAUGUGACGGCUCUGUCUCGUUUAAUGGACAGACGGAGUUUUGGGAGUGCCAGACAGGAGAGAGUGGCCAAUACAACGUCUAUCUGAAUGGAGGACAAGGGGUCAACUGCCACCAGAUCACGCUCAAGGCUGAUAACUGUCACUCGGGAUGCCCACCACCACCACCGCCGCCACCACCAGCACAAUCAUCAUCCCCUCCUCCUCCGCCUCAUCAAAAGACCUGCCCGGCCAACCUCAACGGCCCCUACGAGUUCCCCCACCUCAUCAUCCCUGUGGACAAGACCAAGCCAGACAACGCCCCGGGAACAUCCUUCUUCGGCGAAGUCUCCAGCAGCGUCUCCUCCAUCUUCAACUUUGACAUCCCCAGCGACGACAAGGGCAAGACAUGCAGCCUCGUGUUCCUCUUCCCACAGCAAAAGGAUCUCACGACCUCGUCCUUUAACAUUACCGGCUCGGGAGCCCUCGACUUUGCCAGUUUGAGCAAGCCCGCUACCCAGAGCACGACGUUCAACAACCAGCCGAGCAAGAAGCAGGAUUUCGGAACCACGACGGUAUCUCCGGGCCAUAGCUAUACGAUUGCCACGUUUGCGUGUCCUGCUGGGGAGGCGAUUGCGUUUGAGAUUUCGGAUGCGAAUGGUGGGGGCACUUCGUUUAGGUAUUUCCAGGAUUAUAAUCCGUCGCCUAUUGGGUUGUAUAUCACGAAGUGCUAA